GUAGUCACAUACAACACGUCCAUAUAAUUUUAAAAUAAAUCUUAAAGCAAACCAAAAAAUAUUUUCAAAAGAAAAAAAGAAAACAUCCAUACUAUUUAUAACUCUUCAUCAUCAUUUUCCUAGUUCUAUCUUUCUCCCCUCCAUUUCCUUCCUUCUCUUCCCUUUUUCUUUCCCUCAAACAUUCUCUCAACCCACAAAAAUGGAGCCCCACCCAAAAAAACUCAACAUAGAAAACAUACGGGCCAUCAAAAUCCUAGGAAAAGGUGCAAUGGGUACCGUAUUUUUAGCCCAUGAUCGGAGCUGCGACCCGGAAUGCACAUCACCUUUUGCGUUAAAAGUAGUCGAGAAAGCCCUCCUCCAUCUCAAACACCACGACGCCGAUCGUCGUGCGAGGUGGGAAAUGUCAGUUUUAUCCUCCAUCAACCACCAUCCUUAUCUCCCUACCUUGCUGGGCUCGUUUGAGACCCACGAUUUAAUGGGCUGGGCCGUCCCAUUUUGUCCGGGCGGUGAUCUAAAUGCUCUCCGAUACCAUCAAAACGACCGCGUUUUUAGCUCAUCGGCGAUUAAAUUUUACCUAGCUCAGAUCGUCUGUGCGCUUUACCAUCUUCAUAGUAUGGGGAUUGCUUACCGUGAUUUGAAACCGGAGAAUGUACUUGUUCAAGCAUCCGGUCACGUGACUCUCACGGACUUUGAUCUUUCACGGAGACUCAUACAUCACAGGAAGAAGAACCAUGGGAGUGUCGGGUCAACCGAAAUGGAUAACAUAGCUCCGUUUCGUGAACUUAGACCUCCACCACCACCUCCGCCACCUAGAAGGAAUAACAUGACCCGAAUUUUAUCUUACGGGGUGAAAUACGGGCCGGGUACAGAAAAUGGUCUACGAAAAGCCAAAUCCGCCCGCGUUUCGCCUAGAAGAGCCAGCUUCGCGGGUGGUAAACGUUCAAAUUCGUUUGUUGGGACGGAGGAAUACGUUUCGCCGGAAGUUGUUAGAGGGGAAGGACAUGAAUUCGGGGUGGAUUGGUGGGCGUUGGGAAUUUUGGCUUAUGAAAUGUUAUACGGUAAAACGCCGUUUCGCGGGAACGAUCGGAAAGAAACGUUUAGAAACGUGUUAACGAAACGGCCGGAGUUUUUAGGGCAACGGACGGCUUUGAUUGAUUUGAUCGACCGAUUGUUGGAGAAAGAUCCGAGUAAAAGAUUGGGGCAUUUUAAAGGCGCGGAGGAAAUUAAAGAGCAUGAAUUUUUUAAAGGAUUGAGGUGGGACCUACUAACUGGUAUUGAACGGCCACCGGUUGUUCCGCCGUCUGUUGAGGUGGAUUUAACAAAAUGUGUAACAUUUGAUGUUCGGGAAUAUUUUAAUGAGUUAAGAGCACCACCGUCGUUACUGCCAUCGCCGGGGCGGUCCCUAUCAUCACUAACGGAAGAAGACGUUGACGUUUCAUUAACGGAAUUCUGAUGAAUGUUAUUAGAGUUAAAUAUUUUUUUUUACUUUUUUUUGGGAGGUUUUUUUAGAUGUAAAUAGAAGUAAAAAAAAAUAAGUGUAGGAGUAGUUUAGCAAAUUGUAAUGGUAGAUACUGAUAAUUGGUGGGUGUAAACUGUAAAGUAGUAAUUUAGUCACGUGAGGUGCACAUAAUUUGGUUGACAUUAUCUUUUUUUUCCUGUAUGAAUUAUGAUUAUGAGGCAACAAAUAUUUGCUCUUUUUGUGUGGCAUUGAUGAUAUUAGUGAAUAAUCUUUGUGAUUAA